UUUGAAAGCUGAUUAAUAUCGUUUAUUAACAUUUAUACCUGGCCCUUUUACCUGUAUAAAUCAAUACAAACCCGCUCCCCGUCCCCGGGAUGACUUCCUCUAGUGGUAGUAUUUAACCCUCUCCUUAAUCGCCAAAAUGGUUUUCUAGACGGACCUAAUUCCUGAUUGGUUUGCGAAGAAGUGUUCUGUAUACUUUAUAAGUCCACUCCGUGCCCCCAGCUGAGAGAUAUCUGCUCCCUCUGUCCCGUCCGACCCUUUAAAGGGGCUUGUCUGUCUCCCUUCACUGACCCCUGUCUGUGUAUUCAUGUGCCUAUUGUUUUCUAUCAGCCAAUCACAGGGCUGGUCACACUCGACGUUCGGUCGCUGUCAUAAUGUGUAUUUUGGCGAGUGAGACUAGUGUGUGUAUAGCUAUAUAGCUAUCAGUUGAAAACAUGCCGGUCUAACCGGAGGACGCUACAAACCAGGGCCCGUGUUUUAAUCAUACAGGUGUGUGUUUUUUUCACGGAAAUACCUUAGUGAUACCUUUUCCCAAAAAAAUUGGAAUAAUAUUAUACAUUCUCAAACCAGGUACAUUAAAAACCAGGAUGGAAUAGGAAAGCUGAUGUUUCGGUUUUAAUGCAGUGGUUUUCAACUAAAAAAAGUUUGGAAUGUUUUCGAAUGAUGAAAAUUCAACUACCACCGCGAUAUGCAUAGUAAGCAUGUCGAGACACUCACGUGGUCUGUGUAUUUGCACCUGUCUAGAGGUACAUGGUGCUACAACAUACGGAGAGUGUAAGCCUCGCCAUAAUUCCGGCAGAUAUUAAGUCAAAACACAGAGUUAUCGAAAUACAAAAUGCUGUACAGUGUUAUGAAAAGUUAUAUUACGAUGCAUGGUGGUACAAAAACAUCGUCUUUAUGUCCAGUCCACGGUACAAUCUUUGGGAUGUAGCUGACAAAGGGAUGAUCCUUAAGUCGGACUGUGGAAUACUUACCGUCAAGUGGAUUUAAAACCGGGAAUUGAUCGUUGUUCGUAACGUAUAUCUAUAUCUAUAUAAAUAAAUGUUAAUUCUAAUCCCGGUUUUAUUUAAAAUUGAUGCCUCCUUUUUACCGGGUGUGUGUUUGUGAGGAAUAGCAAGCGAUGUUGUGGGCGCUACCUUAGUGUAUACGUGUGAAGUACCGAAGGGAAUAGUUCCUUCACAAAUCACGAAUCUUCCGGAUCUGGAAUAUAUAUAUUUUCCCCAAUAUUUUACCCAAUAAACUGGGGAUCUCAUGAUAGCCCGAACGCCAGACCUCCGACGGCCAGAUGAGACGCUAGUGUAUCGAACAUGGCCACUAGCGGGAGGACUCGGAAACUUAGCCCAUUAUGAGGAGGAGGUUGUCGCCCAUUAAUCCUAUAUGCAGGUAAGACGCAGGUUGUUGACGCUGCUGCUCAUUUUACAUUGGUGUGUUGUGAACGCUUCAGGAAACCAGGUUUUUCAAAUUAAGGAUUUUGAAAGUGUGCCAGAUACCGAAGAAACAAAUCCUGGUGACGUCAUAUCUUCACUUUCAUACCGCUACAGUGUUUGGAAUCGGUGCACGGGACGCUUCCUCCGCAUUCGUAAACCGGGCAGGAACGGUGUCGACGCUAAAGGAGACAAACACGCCAAUUACACCUCAAUUAUCAUCGAAUCGAUAGGGCAGAAAGGUCUUGUGAGGAUAAAGGGGGAGACAAGUGGAUUGUACUUGUGUUAUUCCAGGCGGGGCAAGCUCCGUGCCAAAGAAAGGCAUUCGGAAUACUGUACCUUCAACUGGGUCGUAAACGACAACAAUAAACAUGACGAAUUCAGACUGAAUUUGAACAGCAAUUGGUACAUCGGAUUUAGGAAGAGGAGAAGAAAAUCACGAAAGGGUUUCGGCAAACCCCUACCUGGAUACCUCUACAAAACCCCCAAAAUGAAGAAGUGUUUUCAAUUCCUUGUAACGCCACUAGAUGCCCGGCCCCAACAGCCUAGGCCUCCGAUCGAUUGGACCGAUGACGCUUUAAUUAAUUACGACCCAGAAGGGCCGUAUAUAAGAUGGACAAGGCGGCACAAGCCUAGAAUUCAAAAAUCGCAUAAACAUCGGCAUGGUCAUGGUACGAAAAAGAAUGGACGACGAAAAAAUCGAAAUAAAGUGAAAAGAUGAAAUUUAUUUAUUUCUCCCUAGGAUUUAAUCAAUUACCAGUAAUUUACUGCAGGCUAGACCAAAGCUGAAAACAUUCCGCAUGCCCAUGCGCUGUUUUUGUAUGCUUUAUUCCUAGCAAUUCGAAGCCCAAGCGGCAUGGCCAGUACAGAAAAAGGAACCUUUCGGCAAUAUCGCAUAACAUUUUAUCGUUUCGUUGCGAUAAUACGCAAACAAAGUGCAGAGUUUUGCAUCGUUUGGACUCCUACGACUGGUUACGUGGUCCCAUUGUGUGGAAGAAUGUGUUCCAAACCAUGACAUCAGGCUAUGCUAUUGAUCAUGUGAUCGGGAAAUAAAAAUCUCAACAAAAGUGCGCCAUCAAUAGACCGAAAGAGGUCCGUAAAAUGAGCAGUGAGCAGUUCAGUGCGACAAAAGUAUUGUCUUUCGAAAAAAACAGACGUGUUGGGGUGGAUAAACACCCAUGUGAUAUGGUGGGGCUGUACCGGCCACACGCCAGAUAGGACUGGAUCUACACUGUAUAUUGUGAAUGGCAAUUCGUAUUGGAUAUUUUAUACCAUUUUCAUUCAUGCCAGUAAAACGUAUUCAUCUCCCAUUCACAUAAAUGCUAUACAUAUAUAUAUAUAUCUAUAUAUAUCGUCCGGUCAUUGUCAGUACUGGAUAGACCCACGUAUCGGUGACAAUAGAAAACUUCAUUUUUGAAAAUGCAAAUCCUUGAGACGCUCAAGUCAAUGCUACCUCGGGUGCCGGUGAUGAUGACGUCAUUGAGAAAAUAACCACCAUGGAAGAAAAAAAAACAUGGAUUAAAGUUGGGCUAAAUGUCUGAAUAACCAUUGAACGUUUUGAUCCUAUUUCAGACUAGCAACAUUUACCAAACUGGUAUGUGUCUCUUGUACUAGCACAUUGAAGGGUGAACAGGCGUCAACAGUGUCAUCUGCCCGAGGGUCGUGUGAUCACCGACGGCAGAACACUGGCUUUUUUAGUUAUCUUCAAUAUUGAUAAAAAGGUCGGUAAAACGGGUAUUUAAAUGCAUUUCCGUAUGCAAUCGUACAUCUGUUUCAUUUUUCCAGUAUAGGGGUUUCUGUUUCCAUCCUCGAACUGCAGUUUUGUCAACAUUGACAGUUAAGGUUAAUGUUUAUUACUAGUUACUAGUAAACAGAAAAAAAACCAUGCAAAAUGCCAGUAUACAUUGUAACCAAAGCUACUUCAUUACUUAUCCGAUCAGUUCAUAUAAUAGGAUACCUCGUAAAAACAUAACGAACUAGAAUUAACUGAAUUAUUAAGAAGUUGUGCUCUUAUCAACUUCCGAACACUGUACGCUUGUCCUUUCAAUGGUGACUUACGAAACGCCAAACUCUAUAAAAACAAAGUGUUGUUUACAUAUUGGUAUAAAUCUUAACAGUAAAUGAAAUGUUUGAACCUAACUUUGAUAUACCAAUGAAACACGAGCAGUUUAUACCAAGACACUUUUUCUUCGUAUCUGCAUAACAAUUCAUGAUUUUUGAUAAAAAAAAAAUCUGCUGUCUUGAUGGAUUUCUAUCUUUUACGAAAGCUCAUAGUAUGAAUAUCACAUAAAAAGGCAACAAAUUAUCAGGAAAUAAUAUGAAGUUUACUAAUAUGUCAAAGUCAUUUUGCAUGGACGACUACGAGAGAUAUGAUUGGAUGGUGUAUGCAUGUGUGAAUAAUUGGUCAUCUUAUCGAGUAAUUUAUCGUCUAGUCUGUAUUUAGGCUUAAAUGAAAGUAGCCCUAAUUCAAUAACAUCCUUUAUAAGCAUUAGAACCUGUCUAUAUUUAAUUACUUGAUUGUUCAGGGAUACCCCCAUGCAGCCAUCGUCAUGUUCUAACUAUACCAAGUCUACCGUUACCUAAUGGCCGCUUCACUGCCACUGUCAACAAACAAUAGUAGUGGAGACGGUAUAUAUACAUAUAUAGAAAAAACUACUUCUCUGAAAAGUUCAAACAAUAUUGAUUGUUUCCUAGUUAAUGCAAUGAAUUGUUUAAGUUGUAAAAUACUUAAAAAUGUACUUAUUUAUUGUAUUUUUGUAAUUUAAAUUAUACAUAAUCAAACCAAUAUUAGAAUAAUCGAUCAUUGUAAUUUUAAUUUGGAAUUAAGUGUUGAUUUUAUUGGAUCAAAUGAGGAAAAAUCUCUUUCUUCUUCCUUUUUUUAAGUUAUCGGUUAGUUAUUUUUAUCGAUUACUUUUGUCUGAGCGAGAGAAACACACUCCGGCCAGUAUCUAUAUUUAACAUUGUAUAAUAGUGGUAGUUACGUCAUUAAUGACGGUCAUCAAUGACGAAUGCAAUUAAAGUCUGUUUCUGUCAUAAUAUUUUAAUCAUUAAAGAGGGGGUCUUUGUUGGAAGUUAAAACAAAAUAUUUGAUGCAUUUUGGAUGAAAUAGCUAUGAAAUACCGAUGUUUCACUUCAAAUUGAAAUCAGACCUUUCGGGUCAAGUUGUAAACAAUUUUUUUUUAUUAUAUGAAGUAUGAGUGUUGUACGUUACUUACUGUUUAAGCUGAAUGUAUAGUAAAUAUCUGUUGGUCCAUUAUUGAUUCACUGAGGUGAAAUUCGAAUGUCUAUAGUAAUCUAUAUAUAUAUGCUUUUCGUUGUAAGGGAUUUCCUAGUUAGAUAUCCUACUGUAAAGGGCAUCCCUUUUACAGGCCCAACAAACCUUUUGUUUAAUGUAAAUAUCAAUUGUAUCGUAACUGUUACAUACGCCAAAGACAUAUUUAUUAAAGAAAUCGUGUACAUACGAAAAUAUCUGUUUAUGUACAUAACGUUACCAUGUCCCGUCGAGUAUUGUGUAUUGACAUCAGUUCGGUACACAAGAGGAACGCAUUAAAGCCAAUAGAAACAAUAUCA